ACCACAUUGCGGGAACCCAUCCCAGUACCCUCGAAUCCGAACAUAUACCCUACAUAUCGCUGUCCAACGGUUUAAUCCAAGAGGAGGAAUCUCUGAAUAGUGAGAGACAGGCCGUACCAAUUGAUCUGCCCGACGCGCACCUCAACCACCUACCACAACCAUCACAAUGGCCGACGACACACGGGAGACCCCCUCUACCACCCCUCCGCCUCCGCGCGCACCCGCAAACAUAAUGCCCGGGGGCACCGCACACACAGCUGGAGGCCAGCGCGUCGACGACCAGCCCUCCUAUGUUGACGUUGUCCGAAACCUCCCGAAAGACUAUUAUUUCAACUUCCACAAGCGGCCUUGCGUGCGCGACAGCCAGCUGACGGCUAUCAGCUCAGGUUUCGUGGGAUAUAUGGUGGGAGCCGUGAUACGGAAACCGGUGCUAAUCUGCUCGAACUAUGCGGUAGCAACGUGGUGUGUGACAGGUUGCGUGCAUUACCAAGUAUGCCAGUACUACCGGCGGAAGGAGAAGGAUGGCAUGAAGCAAGCGGCAGAGCUCAUGGAGAAGAAGCGUGCAACUAUCGAAGCAAAGAAGGAGGCGCGGAGAAGACAGCGCGAGGAACAAGAGAGAUUGGCAGAGGCACAGCGGCUAGAAGAAGAACGGAGGAAGUCAUGGUCAUACUGGGUCAACAAGAACGUGAAGUUUUGGUAGGAGCGUGGUAUGGUUCAAGGCGAAGGCUAUGUACAGAAGCGUGUAUGAAAAGAUGUACAAUUAUAAGAGACAGGUACCAAGCAAUCGCACCCAGGACCACUCAAUGUGCCCUUCCUAAAUAU